AUGGGAGAGGACCUGAACGCCUCCCUGUGGCUCCGAUCCUGCGUGAACGCCUCCUCCUAUCAUCCAAUCAGAGCGUCCUCCUGGCCCUACAGCACCGCCCAGCUGGUCCUCAUCGCCGUGGCGACUGCCUCCCUGAGCGUCAUCACGGUGACGGGCAACGCGCUGGUCAUCCUGUCGGUGAAGGUGAACCCUCGCCUGCGCAGCGUCAACAACUACUUCCUGUUGAGCCUGGCGGUGGCUGACCUGCUGGUGGGGCUGCUGUCCGUCAGCCUGUUCUCUCUCUACGUGCUGAUUGGCCGCUGGCCGCUGGGCCCCGCAUCCUGCGACCUCUUCCUGGUCCUGGACCACGGGGUGAGCGGCUCCUCGGUGCUGCACCUGCUGCUCAUCAGCCUGGACCGCUUCCUGUGUGUGUGGCGGCCGCUCAGCUAUCCGCGGCGCCGCAGUGCUAACACAGCGAGGCUCAUGAUUGGCUGUGCCUGGCUCCUCCCUUUCCUGCUCUGGACCCCCUCCAUCCUGAGCUGGCAGAGCAGCGGGGGGGAACGUCUGGUCCCGGACGGAGAGUGCUUCCUGCAGCUGAUCUCCAGCCCCGCCGCCACGCUCGCCACCACGCUGCCCUCCUUCUUCCUGCCCGCCCUCACCAUGGUGGCCCUCUACAGCCGUCUCUCGGUGGCGAGUCGUGGCAGAUUGAACGUUCGCCCGGCGACCUCCAGCCCCUCGAUCAAGGACUUCCUGUUGAAGCGGCGCCGCAGCGUGGUGAGCAGAGAGCCCGCCUCCGACGUGUCUCUGAACCAAUCAGAGAGCAGCACGCCCAAGUCUGGGAGGAGCAGGAAGACGUCCAGGAGUCCUGCGGCGGACACUCGUAUCGAAGACUCCAACAAGAUUGAGACGGACUCUUCGUCCAACGCAGAUGCCAACAAGACGACGUUCUCCACCUUCAGCAGCUUCAGGUCUCAGGAGCGGCGGCUUCAGAGGGUCGCGGCGAGGGAGAGGAGGGUGACGAAGACCAUCCUCUGCAUCCUGAUGGCCUUCAUCGUCACCUGGACGCCGUACAACGUGAUGGCGGUGGUCGCCGCCUUCUGCCACUCGUGUGUGCCGGGCUUCCUCUGGACGGGGGGGUACUGGCUCUGCUACAUCAACAGCGCCGUCAACCCGGGCUGCUACGCUUUCUGCAACGUGGCCUUCAGGAACACCUUCCUCCGCCUGCUGCGCUGCAGGAAGAUCAGCCGGUGA